GUUGCGUUCUUUGAAUUAUUGUACUUUCUGAAGGCAGCCUACGAUCACGUGAUCCGGCAUGAACCUAACCUCAUGUAUAUAUAGUCUAAUCACUAUUUAACAUUCAACGUUAAAAAGUGGAAGUCGGAUUUAAAAUAUGCGACGCCAUUCGAAUGGCUGGUGAUAGAAUUUGCGCGGAUUUUCACAAUGUGACGAUAAAAUAGUUAUUUGAGCUGUAAAACCAAGUAUUCUCGAGUGGUUUUGAGUUGUAUAUAUACAACCACGUAAAGAUAACCUAGUUAUUUUUCAUCGUGUAAAAUACGUUUCUUCAUAAACAUGGCCAAGAGAAAAUCCUUAAAUCGUGUAUCCCGACGAUACUCCAAACGUAAAUCCGUCGACUCCUUCGGUUCUGGACAUCUCGAUCCUGAUACAUUCGUCGUGGAUGAAGAACGAACAUUUUGGUGGAAUAACUUGGAAGAGAAUACAUUCCCUCCGCAUUCCAUGAUUCACAGUGAAAAUGAAACGCUUGAGAUGCUGAAUGCUGAUUCGAGGAUUGAUUCUAGCCAGAGUUCUGAUCCUAUGGGAUGGUGGGAAAAUUUGGAUUCUGAUACCGAACCCAUUGCUUCGAGAUCAAGAUCUAGGCGUAGUGCAGCAAUAGUUAAAAGUCGUAUAUUACAAACUUCGACUGAGACAUCUGAUCUAUCAGAGAAAGAGCUCAAUUUAAGAAAAAGGAAGGUUCGUUUAAAAGCAAGUAAUAGGAAGAGUAUUAACAAUGCUUUCGCAAAUGCUUUGAAUGAUACCGAGGCAACUACGCCAUUAAAAUCGCGAAUGAAACAAGCCCACUCUGAAGUACAUAUCGAUUCAGACAGUGAAUCUUUGCAAGGAAGGUCACAGGAAAAUGAAGAGGAUAGUAAUUCGAGCCCAACUUCGAAGAUUUUGAAAUCAAAGUCAAAUAUUUUUAGAACAAGAAGAGGUGGAGGAGAUAUGAAAGAUGAGAAUGCCUUUCAGGAUGUACUAACGGAAAAUAAUGUUUUAAAUGCCAGCACUGCGAAAACAUCAGUCGCGCUUGAAAAGGAAUCCUCGCAGCGUUCGAUGCACCGAAAUAUUAAUACGAGUAAAGAUCAUAUUGACGAUCAAAGGAAAUCAAUAAGAUCGCCUCAAACAAUGCCAAGUAUUUUGAGAACAAGAAGAAGUGGAGGUAUGAAAGAUCAGACCGCCUUUCAGGAUGUACUGGUGGAAGAUGAUGUUUUAAAUGGCAGCACUGCGGAAAAAUCAGUCGCGUUUGAAAAGGAAUCCUCGCAGCAUUCGAUGCACCGAAAUAUUAAUACGAGUAAAGAUCAUAUUGACGAUCAAAGAAAAUCAAUAAGAGCGCUAGAGGAUAUUGAAACUGAUUCCUUAAUUCCAAAUGUGGAGAAUGCAGUGUCUGAGAAUAAUGCUGAGAUUGAAAGUAGCGAUGAAAGUACCAUUAUACUUCGUCAACAUUUAAAAUUUAAGUCUCGCUUUAUACGGCAAGCACGGAAAAGCAUAGGAAAAAAUGCCUUUGCAGAUGCUGUAGUUGAUAGUAACACAAAUUCGUCUACAUCCAAUCUAAAUAAGGAAAACAAUAUUCAUUCUUUAAUGUCACGAUCAUCUUUAAAAAAAUCUAAUGCCAGCAAUAUUAUGCCUGAAAGUUCACCAAUUCGUAAAAGUCCAAGAUUAUCUUUAAAUAUAUCUAAAAAGCAGCAAUCAGAUAUAUCGGUGCAAGAUAAAGAUAAUAUUGAAUCAAGUUUAAGCAGCUCAUCCCUGGAUAACGAUGAAUCUCGUGGAAUGAAAAGAUCCGUAUUUUUGAAGCCAAAAUCAAGAAUUCUAAAACGUUUCCGUAAGCGCUCAUCUAAUCCGUUCGAAGAAAUUUUGAAGCAAGAUAAUAUCAGUGAUAGAAGAAGUAAUGUUUCAAUUGAAGAUAAUUAUGCUUCUUCUGAGCGAGAAACUACAACAAGGAUUAAUCAGGAACGUGAAUCUUUAGCAACACAGAAAAAUCCACAAUCAGAAAAGAAUACUACGAAUGAAGAAGGUUCUUAUGAAAUAUCUCUUGAGAUGUCACCAAACGUCGAGAAAAGUCGAUCUAAGGAAUCUAAUAUAUUAUCGGAAGACAAGAAUAAACUAUUAGAAAAUAACGAUCUCGAUAAUGCAUCAAAAUCAGUUUUUCGAAAGAGUGUAAUAGCUAAAUCGUCAGAACAAAAGAUUUCCAAUCGCAAGUCCAUUAGAGAAAAAACUUUGAAGGAAUCCGCACAUACAAAUGCAAUGUCGCCCGUCGAUAGAUUAAGUACUAAUGAGAUAGUAAUACAAGAUGCAAGUGACGAUUCACAUACUAACAUAUAUGUAGAACACGAUGUAAGUACAUCCGAAUCAAGUUCUGAUAAAGAAGUUGGUUUGACGCGAAACAGUUUAAGAAUUCGAUCUGAAACACCUGUGAAUAUAGAAGUACAUGAAGCUAAUAAUAAUUUACACAAUGAUGCAAAUAGAGAACAUGAUUCAAGUACGCUCAAACGAUCGUUUAAAUUAACUCCUAGUAAGGAAGCUCGUGUGACGCGUAAUAGUUUAAGAAUUCGGUCCGAAACACCUGUGAAUAUAGAAGUACAUGAAGCUAAUAAUAAUUUACACAAUGAUGCAAAUAGAGAACAUGAUUCAAGUACGCUCAAACGAUCGUUUAAAUUAACUCCUAGUAAGGAAGCUCGUGUGACGCGUAAUAGUUUAAGAAUUCGGUCCGAAACACCUGUGAAUAUAGAAGUACAUGAAGCUAAUGAUAAUUUACACAAUGAUGCAAAUAGAGAACAUGAUUCAAGUACGCUCAAACGAUCGUCUAAAUUAACCCCUAGUAAGGAAGCUCGUUUGACGCGUAAUAGUUUAAGAAAUCGAUCUGAAACAUCAAAACCUGCAAAUAUAGAUAUACAUGAAGAUAUUAAUAAUUCGCGCAAUGAUGCAAAUAGCGAACACGAUUCAAAUAUGCUUAAACAAUUGUCCAAAUCAAAUUCUAGUAAGGAAGAUCGUUUGACGCGUAACAGUUCAAGAAAUCAAUCUAAAAUACUGAAACCUGUGAGUAAAAAUACGGAAGUCUCUAAGCAGUUUAUGAACUUUAUUUCCAAUGAUGAUAAAGACAAUAAUAUAAAUGUUGACUCAGAAACAAGUACAGAUAGUACAGUCUAUCUAAUAACGAGAGCAGAUAUACAUCCUGAAGAUAACACAAAUAUAAGAACACAGAAAAGCACUAGUCUAUCAACUGAAAAAGAAAUAACUGAUGACGAAGAUGCAGAGCCUGCGACGCAAACAAUUCAACGAAAUUCUUCAUUGACAAAGUCUGGAACAAGCAGUAAAAUAAUAAAUCAAUCUAAAAUACCGAAACUUACGAGUAAAAAUAUGGAAAUUUCUAAGCGAUCUACAAACUUGAUUGCCGAUAUUGAAGAAGACAAUAAUAUAAAUGCAGACUCAGAAACAAGUGAUAAUAGUAUAUCCAGAACAGAUAUACAAUCUAAAGAUAACACAAACAUAAGAAUACAGAAAAGCACUAUUUUAUCAACUGAAAAAGAAAUAAUUGAUGAUGAAAAUGCAGAACCUGCGACACAAACAAUUCAACGAAAUUCUUUGAUGAAACCUGGAACAAGUAAAACAGUAAAUCGGCAAAGCGUGCAGAGUUCAAAUAGAACCAGCAUUAAGGACAGAGAAAUUACACAUAGACAAAAAAGUUUGAGCAAGUCUCAAAACUAUCGCAAUACGCCGAUUAAAUCGUCAAGUAAAGAUAUUUCUUCCAAUAAGCAAAGUUCAUCUAAGACAUUGAAAAAAAUAGAUAGUUUUUUCAUCAAAAUAAAAGAAACUUCGACGAAACAACUAAGCGAACGCGCGCAAAAGUCGCAAGUCUUCGACAGUGAGAAAAUGAAGAAGAUUAAAAUGGAAUUGGAGAAGCUAAAGAGUCGCGAGAUGGCCGCGAUGAAAAGAAACUCGGCCGAUAAGAAAGCAUCUGCAGUAAAAAAGGAAACAGUAAAAUUUGUUAUACCUAAACAAGAUACAAAGAAGAAGAAGCCGCUCAUGAAUUCUACGAAAGUAGUGAAUAAGGCAUUUCUAGUACAUGGAAAGGUAUAUAGACCACCAAGACUUCCUCGUCCGAAACAUUGGGCUACAGAUCGGCUUUACAAAUUUUUGUGGAAACGCUUGGAGCCAAAGUACAAACUGGCCACAAGAGUGAAGUCCGAGAAAUUCGUGCAGGAAUUAGCUACGGUAGUAACUAUUAUUGAGCGUCGUAAGAAUUACGAAAAUUAUAAGAUCGAAUUAAAGGCUCUGAUGAAGGAAAUGGCUCGUUUGAAACUCAUCAAUACUCGUAUGGACUUUUAUCAUUUCUGUCAGGAUUUUUUGCCAUAUGAGUUUCGUGCUAAAGUCAUACCUAUGUCAUUACCCGGCAAUGAAAGUAAUAUUCCCUUCGAUCCAAAAAAUGUGCACACUCCUUUACUUGAUACCGAAUGAAUAAUCGUUGAAAAUGUAAUUACAAUACGAUAGAAUAUAUUAAUUAUGUUUAUUUAAGCUAUGCGUGUAUGGCGUGGGCGAUUUCAUUCUUUGAAUGUACAUACAUGUAUUCGAUAAAAAUUAAUAUUGUUUUGUUAAUUAACAUAUAU